AUGUCGACCGUAGCUAUGAAUUGGAUUUAUUUAUUAUUGAUUGUUUUUAUAUCAGUUGUUGAUAGUCGUCUAGGUAGUUUUAAUGCCGGUGUUAAUGGUGGUGGAGAUUGUGCGACAUGUACAAUUGUAUUAGGUCUUGUUGAUCAUCUUACAAUUGUUUAUAAUGAUACUGCUGCUCAUGCACUCGAACGACUUUGCACAUUUCUACCAGGUGAAUUUAAAACCUAUUGUAAAGCUGCAGUAGAUUUUUUAGGACCACUUAUAAUCGAUGGUUUUAUUAAAGGAGAUAAUCCUGAUGUUAUUUGUCAUGCAUUAAAAUUUUGUCAUGAUGAUGCAGGUCAAGGCAAAUGUCGUAUUUAUCCAUCAAAAUCAUCACUUUCAGUGCCACAACGUGCUUUAAAUCUUCUUCAACGACAUCCAAGAAUAAAUUUAUUUUUAACGAAAUCAAAAAUUUGUGAAAUACCUGGUAUUAAAGAAAUCUGUCGAAUAAUUGAAAAUGUUUUUAAUAAUCAUUUACCAAUGCUUGAUCUUGAUCAAGAUCAUUUUGGUACUGAAACAACAUUACGUGGUAGUUCAUGGCGAGGAAAAGAUUGUAAUGAUUUAUCAUCACAAAUUCAUCCAGGUGCUCAUACUAUUCAAAGUGAUAGUAUGAUUGAUCAUAAUUGUAAUGGAAUAUUUGGUAUGAAUUCAGCAACAGGAAGACCAUGGGAAGACGAGUUUUGUAAUGAAACACAACGUAUGGGUAUAGCCGUAUUAGGCGAUUCUUUAUCUGCUCAUUUUCAUAUUCCGGAACAAUGGUUAGAUGCAAGUCAAUUUUCACCUGAAGCAUUCGAACAUUUAGGAUUCAUUCUUGAAAAUGAACUUGAUUGGCCUCAACUAUCAGCAAGUACGGGUCAUGUUAAUGUUAGCUGGCCUAAUAUUAUCGGUCCAACACGAUCACUUUAUGCUCGUCUAUUUGAUCUUGAUCAUUGUAAUCAUCGAGAUUAUCAAAAUAUUGCUGUCAAUGGUGCUCGUAGUAGUAGUAUGACUAAUAUUAUGAAAACUUUAUCACGUCAUCAAAAAAAUGAUGUACCACUUCUUGUUAUUUAUUCAUUAGUUGGCAAUGAUGUUUGUAAUGGUCAUCCAGAUACUAUUGAUCAUAUGACAACAGUAGAACAAAUGCAUAAAAAUGUUAUAACUACACUUACUUAUCUUGAUACAGUAUUACCUAGCGGUAGUCAUGUAGUAACUACUGGUUUAGGUAAUGGUAGUAUGUUAUAUGAUCUUUUACAUGAUCGUUUACAUCCAUUUGGUCGCAUUGGUCCACCAAUUACUUAUCCUCAAAUGUAUGAUUAUUUAUCAUGUUUACAAAUUUCACCAUGUAAUGGAUGGUUGACAUCAAAUUAUACACUUCGUGCAUUGACUACUGAUCGAGCAGUAGAAUUAUCUGCAGCAGUACGAAAUGCUACAUUUUCUUAUGAAUCUAAGCAUUUCGAUGUUGAUUAUCUUGAUUUUCCAUUUGAUCAAGCUAUUCAAGAAUGGGAAGCUCAAGGUGGUCAACCAUGGCAAUUAAUUGAAAGUAUUGAUGGUUUUCAUAUUAAUCAAUAUGGACAUGCAAUAGUCUCGGAUAUUCUUUGGGCAUGGUUUCAAAAAGAAAAACCACAUUGGUUACCAACACUUAAUCCUCAUAAUGCUGACAUUGAACGUGUCUUUAAAGAUCAAGGUGGAUAUUAA